AUGAGGGGGAUUAUCCACUUAAGCUUGGUUUUGGUCGGGAGCGCCCUCGUUCAAGCGCAAUCUACGCAACAUGCUACGUGCGAAACUGGAUUUCAAUGGUCGUUUAAUUCGAGGAACCAAAGCCCUUGCGCGAUCACUGAAUCCCUUGGAGGCGUUUGCAAUGGUGGAGUCUUCACUGUUCCGCCCUUAGGAGAGGAGCAGGUAUACCGUGGACCGGACCCCACCGCAGCAAACAGUUGCAGGUGCAGCAUGGUAUUCUAUGCUAUGGUCAGCACCUGUGCUGCAUGUCAAGGGCAAUCUUGGGUCACAUGGUCUUCAUACAAUGCAAAUUGCACCAAUGUGUACGUCGGCUUCCCCCAAGGUAUUCCUGCUGGAACCGCCGUUCCUAACUAUGCGUACCAAAAUUUUACGCGGACGGACAAGUUUGACAUUACCAUCGCCCAGGAAGAUUCAGGACCCGAGUCUGUCGCACCUAGUGGCACAGGAACGCCUCGUGCAUCGCAGUCAUCCGGUGGUGGCGGCGGCGGUACCAAUGCUGGUGCUAUAGCAGGCGGGGUGGUCGGUGGGGUGGUCGGCCUCGGAAUCAUUGCGGGCGUUGUGUUCUGGUUACUCCGCCGACGAAACGCACAGAGAAACACCGUUGUGCCAGUCAACCCUAGCAGCGACCCGCUCACCCCACCUCCUAUGAGCUACGUUGGAGGUUCUAACAUGGAUUAUCCUACAACGCCACCCCCCAAACUUUAUGACCCUUCGGAUCCAUCCACCUUCCCCUCGUCCCCCGCCAAUUCAGGUAGCAAUGUUUAUACCACCACAUCCAGCCCGCCACCAUUGGGGUACCACCCCCAGCAGCCAUUGCUCCACCAAAUGCCUCAGCCUCAGACAAUGAACCACGCUGGUCAUUACAGUGGCGCACCCGAAGUCUAA